AUGAGGAGAGUAUUGGAGAAGCUCGGUCAUUCUCAAGGCAAAUGUACUACUGUGUUAUGUGACAACAGUUCUACCAUUAAUCUAUCUAAAAACCCAGUCAUGCAUGGACGCAGCAAACACAUUGAUGUAAGGUUUCAUUUCUUGCGUGAUUUGACCAGAGAGGGAGUUGUUGAGAUGAAGCAUUGUGUCACACAAGAACAAGUUGCAGACAUUAUGACAAAACCACUUCAGCUGGAUAUGUUCUUGAAGCUGCGCGAGUUAAUGGUUGUGUGUGUGGUACCACGACUAAUUGAAAGCAUUACUGCACUCAGUUUAGGGGAGGAAUUGUUGGGGUUGUUAGAGUUUUAG